AUGGAGGCUGCCUUGCUGAAGCCGGCGAUGAUGGCGGAGGUGAAGGGGAGCGGCGCCGGCUCUGCCGUUAGCGCCGAGCUGGAGGUGAAGAAGCUGCAGGAGCUGGUGCGGAAACUGGAGAAGCAGAACGAGCAGCUCCGGAGCCGCGCCGCCGCCGCCGCCGCGGUGGGCACCGGCCCGCCCAGCCCGCACCUGCUGCUGGCUCCGCCGCCGGCCCCGGGAGGGCUGCGCCCCGCCAGCCCGCCCGCCGCGGGCCCGCCGUGCAUGCCCAGCCCGGUGCCCACCCUGCUGUGCCCGCCCGAGCCCCUCGCCUAUUUCAAGCCCUCGCCCGGGCCGCCGGCAGCCGGCGGCGGGCAGGAAGGCGGCGGCGGUGCGGGGGCGGCGACCACGGUGCUGGACGAGGUGGCGGUGCUGGAGCUGGAGGACGGCUGCGGAGAGGACGAAGAUACAUGGUUGUACGUCUUGCCUACCAAGACUCGCGCUCCUCAAGAGAAAUCACUGAGUCCUCUGCAGUGGUGCAGACGUGUUCUGGAUCAUCCCACUCCUGAGAUAGAAGCUGCAAAACGUUCCCUAUGUUUUAGAUUGGAGCAAGCUAGCCGAUGGCGGAGCCUCUUCUCUACGCCUGUCUCCUUGGCUUUUCCCUAUAGUCCUGUUGCAAGACUCACCCCAUAUACCAAUGGCUGUAACAGUCCCAGCUUCUCUAAAACUUCCAGUAAAGCAAUACUAACACCUGAACGGACAGGGUACAUUUCUAGGAGUUCCCCUUUGAGUCCACAGUCAUCAAUAGACAGUGAACUGAGCACUUCAGAGCUGGAAGAUGAUUCUAUCUCCAUGGGCUACAAGCUGCAGGACCUCACUGAUGUUCAGAUCAUGGCUCGUCUACAGGAGGAGAGCCUUAGGCAAGAUUAUGCUUCAACUUCAGCAUCUGUGUCAAGGCACACUUCCAGUGUAUCUCUGCAUGCGGGAAAAAAAGGGCCAUGCAGUGACCAGGAAUAUGAUCGCUAUAGUCUUGAGGAUGAGGAAGAGUUUGACCACCUUCCACCUCCGCAGCCACGUCUGACUCGCUGCACCCCCUUCCAAAGAGGGAUUCCUCACUCACAGACUUUCUCCAGUAUCCGGGACUGCAGGAGGAGCCCUACUUCCCCACAAUUCCCUACAAAUACUUAUCAGCAGCCCUUCUACUCUCCUCAAGCCCAAACUCCAGAGCAGCAACCAAAUAGGAUUAAUGGAGACAAACUCCGCAGAAGCAUGCCUAACCUCGCUCGGAUGCCAAGCACCCCCACCAUUAGCAGUACUGCUGGGUUUGCUGGUUCUCCUGUCACUGUGAGGAAUAGUCAGAGCUUUGACUCCAAUUUGCAUGGAGCCAGUAGUGGGAUUUCAAGGAUGCAGUCAUGUAUUCCAUCACCAGGACAGCUUCAACACAGAGUUCAAAGUGUGGGACAUUUUCCAGUGUCUGUCAGACAGCCUCUCAAAGCUACUGCCUAUGUAAGCCCAACCGUACAAGGGAGCAGUAAUAGUAGCAGCAUUCCAGUGUCCAGCAACUCGCAGCUGUAUUCCAACACUGGGAUCCCAAUGCCAAACAAGACUGCUGGUCAAGGCAUUGUAGGGCGCAGUGCUCUUCCAAGACCAUCACUGGCCGUCAAUGGGAGUGGCAUUCCCAGAAGUAAAAUUGCACAGCCGGUUCGAAGUUUUCUUCAGCCUCCAAAGGCACUGUCACCACUGAGCACGAUACGGGAUGGGAACUGGAGAGACGGCUGCUAUUGA